AUGAAUAGAAAUUGUUUUCCUCAACUUAAAGUUGUAGAAAACAACAGUGAAGAACAAAACCACAUUGAAUCUGAUCUUUUGGUAUCAAAAGGAGAUCAAAAAGCAAAGAAAAAGAUGAUAAACGGGGAAAAGGCUUCGUUCAACACUCCGACAUUCGCUCAGAAGCGGGUACGAACAUUGGACAUGCUCUUGAAGGACAUGUAUGGCGAGCACAUGACGGAUCUCAAGGGUAUGCUGAAUCGAAGAGCUUUCAGCGAUGUUUUGCCUGAUCCUCCGAAGUUGUCCAGACGGAAAGAAGAUGCUCGGCAAGUAGAAUUUGUCCGUAUUGGACAAGCGCUCAAGUUAGAAACGAUCGUCAAAGGAGACGCACCGACUAGUUUGGCCACGACUAGUCUGCUAAAGCGAAUCCCGUGGGAACCACUUUGCAUAUACCCAGAUUUUCCGUACGACAUAAUUUGCGGGGAUUCUUGGGGCGACAAUCGACUGUUUUUGGCGACUGAAUUAGGCACAUACGUUGUCGACGAAGAUGAAGGAACGCACAGGUGCGUUUUUGACAAAACUGUGCAAGCAAAGCAGCUCAGUGUGGUGGAAGAUCACGGCAUUUUGCUCAUUCGUGCUGACAAAGGUCGUGACGGGAAAAUAUUCGUCUUCCGAUUAUCCGACUUCGAAAGGGACUCGUUGGAAGAGCCGCUGAACAAGCAAGACAUCCGGGAUCAUCGCCUGGAGCGAACAAAGGGCUGUCACCUUUUCGCAUUGUCCCGACCUGGCGGCGCUCAUCUCCGCAUGGCCGUGGCUAUGGGGAAACGACUGAUGUUGCUGCAGUGGAGGCACACGGCUGCUUGGACAGCUUGGUGUCCGUCGAACGACAACGACACUGUCGAGGGUUUCCAAGUUCUGCGGGAGUUCAACUUGCACGACAGUCCGUCGCUGCUGACGCUGAUCGACGGCAGUACGACACCCGUGGGCAUCCUGUCGGCCGCCUGUGGGCCAGAUGUGACCGACAACCGCGUUUGCGUGGCCUACAAGCACCAGUUCGACCUAUUGAACGAGCGGACGGGCGAAGCGACGGCGCUGCACACUGUCGACGCGUCGAGGGCGUCGCUCGUCGCCGCCGUCGACGUGUACGAGGACGAGGAGCCAGAGCUACUGCUCUGCUACAAUCACACAUGCCAUUUCCAGAAACUGAACACGUUGCUUCCCAAGAAUAACAAGAGCGAGUUCGACUUCCAAUGGACAUCGAUUCCAGAAGCUAUCGUCUGUGCCUUCCCCUACAUCCUUGCUUUUGGUGAAGAUUCAAUCGAGAUCAGGCUGAUCGUGAACGGGAACCUCGUUGAGGCCUGCACCUACCCCAAGUUGAAAUUUGUUUCUUCGAAAAGUGAUAUUUAUUAUGCUACAACUGCGCCGGAAUUCUUUCCGCCGCGUGGGGACCAUAUUGUCAAAGAGGAUCGAUCUGACACCAACAAAUCUUCCCGCGACAGCAGCAUUUCUCCGCCAAUUUCUCCCGGAGUCGUGGGUUCGUCAACGGGCGGCAAGCCAUUCCGCUUGUACAAAAUCCCGAUGUCGCACCUGACGCGCGGAGCUCCGCACCACCCGAACGCCGACAGGUGCCCGUCGCCAGCACCGCCUACGACCCCGAAACCCUUCCCGGGCCAGGAGCGCGGCCCCUUCAAAAACGGUCGCUACUUGGCUCCCGGCGGCGGGUCCUCGCCGACGGCGUCCCCGUUCCCGAAGAUGGGCGCCACUCGGAGCUGUGGCACGUCUCCCGUGCCCCACGCCUUGUCCCACCACGCCAGUGAAGUGGACGAGGAGGACGAAGACAGGGAUCGAUUCCGCGAACAGCUCCGGGCCUCGGAGGACUACUUUUUCGCCGACUCUGGCCGCUGUGGCCCGCUCAAGGAGGAGAACGAAAACUGAUUUCUGGUCAUGAUCCUCAUUUUUUCAUUCGUUCCUUCAUGAUUAACUAUAUACCGUACCUGCUUAUUUGACUCAUUGAUCUGGUCCUGCCCUCACAAAGCAGGGAAAAAAGGCUUUCCUCUAAGGUGCACUCGCUCUCUUUCUCUCUCCUUCUAAAGUUGAUUUCAUUCAACAGAAGAAUGUUUUUUUUUUUUUUUUGCGAACCAGAGGUUCUGGUCGGUCGGGCUCUUGAACCCGAGGUUCGAUCGUAAUGCGUAAAUGUUAUGAACAUGCGUGGGAUUGGUUCAUAAGUUUUUCAGCUGCCUGUUUUAUUUUUUAUUUGUAUUUGUCUUGAUUGAUGUAGGAUCAACUUGUCAAAUUGAUGAACCUUUGGAUUGAAAUUGAUAAACUGAAGUUCAGAACGUCACGAGAAAAAAUGAAAAAUUCCUCGACGAAGCUUUCGCGAAAACUUUCUCGGUUUUCGUGGUUUUUUUCAGUGUAAAAAACUUUAAUUUUUUUUACAUAUUUGAAUUUAAGAACUUCUUGAAUUGCAAGCCGGUCAGCGAUUGAAUAUAUUCGUAUAAUUGCAAACAUUGACGUAUGCUUAAUGCUUCAUUUCUUUCAAUUAAUCCGCUAUGGAGGGGUGUUGAAUGUAAAAAUCUUGAAUAUUAAAAAAAGAAUUAUACUUGAAGGACUUUUUAAAUCACUGACAGUACUCAUGAACCAUUUCUUAAAUAUUUGAUCCCAUUCAUCGGAUUUCUGUUUUUCAUGUAUACAGGAAAGGCACAACUUUUUAGCUCUGCUUGCUUCAAAAUAUCAAGUGUCCGCUUCAAAUAAGAAAUUGUUGAUCAGUUUCUGAAAUAUUUCAACUAUUUGACGCAAAUGCAGUGACGAAACGAGACUUUUAAUCUGGCUUGACAUUGAGGCAGAAUCUCCUGUGACUCAUUGUUUUCAGCAUUCCAAGACGAUGGCAGUUUACUGAAUCUCUUUCUAGUUAUUAAAAAAUGUUAAAGAAAAAUAUAUGUACAGCAAGUUUUGUUCAUUUUAAUUUUUUAAAUUCGAAUUUUUGUCGUUCGAACACGUAAUUCCGGAGAAAAUAUUUUUAAUGUCACUGAUUUUUCUCUACUCGAUGUUUCGCUGGAAUUGUGUGGUUAAAAGUGGUGUAAGCAUGUUUCGAACAUUCUCCCCCAAUGUUCAAGAAGGAUGUUAGGUAAAUGUACGUCUUUUUUUCUGAAAAAUUUUUUGGAAUUUGGCACGGAUUGUGUGCUGGGACCAGAGUGUGAGAAAAUCAUUAUGAAAAUUGACGCAAGUGGCAUUGGUAGCAUUUUUUAAGGCUAUUUUGCUUGACGUAUGUUCCGCCGGUUAUGAGUAUGCUGUUUUUUUUCUUUCGAGGCGUCGUUUUGACGGAUUUAUUUUGUUGCAAAAUCCGGUAUUCUCUUUUUCUCUCUGCUUCUUUUAAAGCUUUAUUUAUUCUCGUGAGGUUAUCAUAUCGGAUGAAUGGAAGGGAAAUUUCCGGAAGGGUUGAGUUUGGAUAUGAUGCACACAAUUCAAGAGACAAUACUGUUUGCCAAAGAUGUUGUGCGGUUGGACGUUUUCAUCCCCGGCUUGAGACGUGUGAGAUUUUUGCUAAUUUUUUGGAAUGCAAUUCGCAGCAAAUUUCCUAAGAGAAAAAGAUCCAUUUCUCCGUUGUCCGUUUUUUUUUCAGCUUGCUUCGGAAAAAAAUUAAAGCGAGCAAAACUCUCUCUCUCUCUCUUUUUUUUUAUUACAUUAUUCGUCUGCGUGGACAAAAUUGUAGGUGGCAUUUUUGGCGCGUACGCUGUAAAUUAUUGAUUGAUUGUUGGAUGAUUGAAUUAUUGAUCGUUGUAGAUGCGUUUGUUCGCUUGGCUUUUGUUUUCGGAUCUCGUCAUUGUCGUCGUCGUGUCGAUCUUGGAGUGAAGCUGAGAUGAUAUCGUUGUUUGUUUUGGUAACCAUGAUGUGAUUUUGAGCUUGAUGAGCCCGCAAAGUGUGCAACUCCUCGCGGCGGUGGGCGACCUUUUUCCUUCCUGUUCCUCGAAAACAAAAACAAAAAAAUACCCCCUCGAUCGUCAAUAUGAUCUUUGCUUUCUUCUAGUAAAACUCAAUUAUUGUUUGUUUGGUUCCCCACAUUUCAUGUACAGUACCUUCUUCCAAAUUUGUGUUUUUCUGCUACGUAAUCCUUCCUGAUUUUAUGCUGUUCUCAACGUUGCAAGACAGAUGAGCGAGUCCAGUGUCCGAAGCAGCGCGUGUCCAGAAACAAACAGCAAAAGUAUAAAAGAUCAGCAGAAGAGUGAAAAAAUAAUAAUACGAGGGUUAGUUUGAAAGUCUUCGUAGUUUUCCUGUCUUUCUCGAUGAGCACUGUCUACAAAGGGUGCAGGUGGAUUUAAAAUUCACAACGCGAUAUUUGAUCAUUUCCUGGUUGUUCUUGAAAAUUUUCAUCAUUCAAUUGAAAUUGGGAAAAGAUAGAAAAGGUGGAAAAAGCCUGGGUAUGAGACGUAUACUGUAAACAAGUACUGCAUACUUGUACGUGACUCGGUAAAAUUGCUAUGGAUUUCAUUACAGUCUAAGUGCCACGAAAUAAUGAGCAUGAUUUUUCGGAGAUGACUUCUCGCGAUGAUAUCAUAUACGUACUUGUAUGCGUCAAAACGAUUUUCCACAAAGUUUAAAAAAAAAUGCUUAAUUGCAGAAGUGUUUGAGCUCGUGGUGCUGAUGCUGGAUGCAAAGAUUUCUCUAAAAAAAAUUCAAUUAGUGAGAAAGACGUUUCCGAAUUAUUAGAGGAGAAUAACCUUUGACUUGAAACAGUUGUCUCGUUGCUGCCGGACAAUUACGCAGAUUAUAGUCACCUAAUGAUGAAUUACAUCAAUAAGAUCUUUAGCUCCACUACCCGAUGAUGUUUUGAUGAUUUUUUUCGGAGAUGAAAUGUCUUCCAGUUUGUUUUCACGUCAACGACAUUCACUGCUCAUAUUCUCGACACGCGCUGUUUUUACACACGUUGCUUUUGGGUCAUGUCCUCAUGAUCGACUGACUGACUAUACAAGUACUGUACAGUACUUCUGUUGAGAAGCUCUUCACGAUAAGGAAUUCCAAAUUUUACUUCUUUCCGGCUUCUGUCAGAAAAUCUCUCUCUAGUCUACGUCCUGCUUCAGCUGAACCUGCCGGAACUCUUUUUUUUAUGUGCAUCCCUGUGAUUGUUGUUACCGACAAUUUUGAGUGCGUGAGCCGUUUUUUGCAUUGGAUGAGGGCGAAUAUUAUUCGCGGGUUGGGCGAGCAUUACGAAAGCAGCCUUUGUGUUUUGUCGUGUUACCCGAAACCUGGAACGUGACACGAAUUAAAAUUGGGAAUCGUUCAAUGGCACGCGGAAAUGAUGAGUGAGCAUGAAUAAAUACCUGGAUAAUUCUA